AUAGUUUUAUCGUUGCACAGCUGAAAAAUAAGGCAUAUAAAUACGAAACCCUCUCGUACAUAUGUAUGUAUGCUGUGCGUGUGUGUGUGUGUGGUGCAUUCAAGGCUAGGUUGGCUGAUAAAACAACACAAAAAAUAAAACAGAGCAAGUGACUAACUAAACGGCGACAAACACAAAACUACGCGCUAUCCAUUACGCACGGGGAGCAACAAAAAUACAAAAAAUGGAAGCAGUUGCCAAACACGAUUUCUCCGCGACGGCCGACGAUGAGCUCAGUUUUCGCAAAACUCAAAUCCUAAAGAUAUUAAACAUGGAAGACGAUUCAAAUUGGUAUCGUGCCGAAUUGGAUGGAAAAGAAGGUCUCAUACCAAGCAAUUACAUAGAAAUGAAAAAUCACGAUUGGUACUAUGGACGCAUCACACGCGCCGAUGCCGAGAAGCUGCUAUCGAAUAAACAUGAAGGUGCAUUCUUGAUACGGAUCAGCGAAUCCAGUCCCGGCGAUUUCUCCCUAUCAGUCAAAUGUCCCGAUGGUGUGCAACAUUUUAAAGUUCUGCGCGAUGCCCAAAGCAAGUUCUUCCUCUGGGUGGUAAAAUUCAACUCCCUCAACGAACUGGUAGAAUACCAUCGGACGGCGAGCGUCUCACGAUCACAGGAUGUCAAAUUGCGAGACAUGAUACCUGAAGAGAUGCUCGUGCAGGCGCUGUACGACUUUGUGCCACAGGAAUCCGGGGAACUGGACUUCAGACGCGGCGAUGUCAUCACCGUGACAGACCGUUCCGACGAAAACUGGUGGAACGGCGAGAUUGGCAAUAGGAAAGGAAUCUUCCCAGCCACUUAUGUGACGCCAUAUCAUUCAUAAUAAGAUAAAUAUCUAAAGAACACACCGCCACACACAAACACAAAAACCACACCCUACUCCCCACACACACACGCCCACACUCAAAUACAAACAUAGAAGAAGCAAAACAGGAGCAACAGCAACAACAACCACAACAACAACAAAUAACUAAACACAAAUUUUUAAAUAUUUAUAUACAAGAAAUAAGAUGGAUGGAACUCGUAGAUCGCGUAUAUACAUACGAGUAUACGACACUCUAAGCAUACAUAUAAGCCGAAUGCAUUUUUUACAUUUUGACGUUUUUUGAUACUACAUACAAGCAAAAGAGAAAAGAAAACACCACACACAGAACACACAGAGAAAUAGUAGUAUGUAUCCGAAGCAUCCACUUACUACAUUUAAAACCAAAUAUAUAUAUAUAUAUGUGUGUAUAUAGAGCUGCGGUCAAGAUGAGAGAGCAUAAGACAGACGUUAGUUUAAAGUCCCAGACCAGACCCAAACCCCUAAUAACUAGAGAGUUUCCUUGUUAAGGAGAAAGUGGAGUGGAGUGCCAACACCUGGACCGCAAAGAUAUGCACAUACGAAUAUAUAUAUUUAUUUGUAGAAUAACAACACGAACAUGACGAUGGCACUAUUAUUAUUGUAAACGAACCGAUUUUUGAUAUAAAUAUACUAUAUACAUAUAUGUAACUUAAGAUCGAUAGAGAUGAAUAUUUGUGUCCUGUGCUUCGCAGCGAGUGUGUAGCUCCUUAGUUUAUUCGAUGCUCGAGCGUGGAGGCGGAAGAGCAAACCACUUUAAAUUAAUUAUGAUAACAAAUUACCAACAACAAACCCAAACUAUUGCUUAACAAAUUUAUAGAGAAAAAAGAAAACAAAUUCACUAUGAAAACAAACAAAACUUUUGCCUAAAUGUCUCAACAAAACUGAAGACAAUUAAAACAAAAUUUAUAUUAUAUAUUAUCGUAAAUGAUUACCAAGUAAAUUAAAUUAAUUUUUGCAUCGCUGGUUACUAUAUAUAUAUACGAUACACAUAACACACAUACACACGAUCGUAUAUACAUUCAUAAUGCAAAUCGAACGAUAUUAUAAGCCACCGGCAGCACACCAUGCACUUCUCGCGGCUUUAUAACUCAAAAUUGUGUCAAAUUUUGUGUCCCCCUCAUUUCCAAAUUGAAAAAUUGUCGAUAAUUUGUUUUGAUUUUGGUCGCCCGCUACCUGUGUUUUUCUCGACCAGACCACCAACUCGAUUAUAUGUUUAAAUCAAUUAUGAAAAUGCAAGCGAAAAAUGUGUGACAUGUGUAAAAAGUUUGAAACUGCUUGCUAUAUUACAUUGUGCUAUAAAUUAUUACAUAAAACUAUUGUAUUUAUAAAAUGGGUUGAAUCCUGUGUAAGCCUUUUUUUGUCAUCAUUGGCCGACGAUACAGAAUCGAAAUAAUUGCAGCAUUAAUUGAGCAUUAUUUGACUACAUAACUACAUAUAUAUGCAUAAACAAAUGAAAUGUAAUGAGAGUUGCCAAUAUAAGUAAUUUAAAACAAAACAAAAACGAAAACACUUUAGCCUAUUUUUUUACCUAUACGCAUUCAGAUAGAGAGAUAGAUACACAUAUACAUUUUCCUAAUAUUCACAAAUCUAAUGCCUCAUGGAAGAAAUAUGUAACACAUCAGCAAUUGUUUUUGAUGAUGGGCCAUAGUUUAUAUAAGCAGAGCCACAAUUUAAUGGCCAGCUGGGACAGAAGUGUUUUGUACUUUUUGAGCAUAUUUGACCGGCAUUUUGCAAACAUUGCUCUGCCCAUAGAACUAGUAGCAGCAGCCGCAUAUUUAAACAUGUGUAAAUUCUAAUCGUAACAAUAAAGCAGGCAAACAAACAACAAGGUUUAGAUUUAAUUAACAAGCAAAUAAAAAAACAAAUGAAAUAUUACA